ACAACUUGGUCACGAGAAGCAUAACCUUAAUUUCUUAUAUCAUUCGAUGUCAUCCCAAAAUAUUUUUGUUAUCAAAUAUAACACUUCUUUGAUGCCCAAAAAGAUGGAAUAAUUACUUUCGGUCAAACACAAUUGGUUUACAGUCAAGCAAAUGUCGUCUAUGACCUUUGGUCAAAAAAUAUUUAAACCAACUCCGCCUGAAAAAGGUAGUUUUCCACUGGACCACGAAGGCCUUUGCAAAAAGUCGAUGGUGGAGUACAUGAAAUGUUUAUAUAAAGAACAGAAUAACAAUUCUGCUUGCCGGAACCAAGCCAAAGAAUAUUUAGACUGUCGAAUGAAAAACAACCUUAUGGCUCAAGAGGAUUGGUCAAAGUUAGGUUUUCCAGACAAGCAACAAUAA